GUUCAUCGAGAGUAUACCACUCGUCCGUUAUACACACUUUCGUUAAAGGAAAAAAAAAUUCCAUUGUUUUAUUUUAUUAUAUUUUUUAUUGCCAUUAUUUUCAAAUAAUUCAAAGCGAGUAUAAUUUCAAUGGACGAGGUCUUUUGAUUUUUUAUUCGUUAUCAUUGCAUGUCUUUCCAUUGUCAUGUUUUAUUUGAAAUAAUUAUCAGCUACGAAAAGGCUAUCUACUGUCGGUUAUUUUCAGAAAUAAUUAAAAAGGGAAUAAUAAUUAAUGGAUUAUAUUGAGAUGUAACAAUGAAGAGUGCACCAUACUAUAUCUGACCAGAGUCAAAAGGAAUUCUACAGUGCGUAUGCGUGACUGAAAGGUUGGGCCCCUCACAUUCUUGCAUUUACAUCCUUGAACAUUCUUGAUUCAGCAAUUGUAUCAAGAACAGUGGAGAGAGCAAAAAACAAACAAUUCAAUUUUUUACGUUAACGCUGGUGGUAGUAUUUAUUUACAUACACAGUACCAUAGAAACUUCCUUAUACUCUUACAUAGUAACAUAUAUAUAUAUAUAUAUAUAGUUCAUUUCUUUAAAGUAUUUAUUUUAGUGAGUCACAGAUUAAAAGAUAAUAUAAAUGUAUUGAUUUCCACAAUUAUAUCUUUUUUUCAAUUUUUAAUAGUAUCAAUUAAUUGAAAAUCACACACUGAUGCUUACAGUUACUAAAAUAUCACAUAUCUACAAGUACGUUAAUGAACACCUAUGCUUGCCAUGUCGAGAUUCUUUGUAAAUUAUUAUCACUGUAAUUGUCAUUAAUGUUAUUAUAUUUAGAAUUACUCUAGUAUUUUCAACGAGUAAAUAAACACAAGCUAUAGAACAAACAAUAUACGAUAUGUGCAUAUAAGUGUGCACUAAAUGUAUUCAUCUCCAUGGUAUCCAACUUUAUAAUUUGUUCUCUAUAUUUUUCAAAGUUUGUCAAGAACGCAUCGUAUGAGUAUGUAGUAAUUUGUAAAAAAAAUAAAGCAAGUUUUCUUACAAAAAUUCAAUGUCUAUGGAAAAAAAAGUUUAUAAUUUUUGUAUUUGAAAUAUGACGAAAUUAUUUGAGAUAUAAUAAUUUCAAGAAUGGAACGUAUAUUUCUUAAUAAAAUAAUAACUGUUUAUAUUCGAAAAAUAUGACUCGAUAAUAAUUCUAUCGUAAGUAGUCAUGGAUGAAAGGAGGGUAGCAGACUACUUUGUUAUUGCUGGCUUACCUGGUCAAGAUAAUGAUUUUGAAAGUGAUAAUGAAACUCAAGAAAAAUUGGAAGAUUGGUAUCAAGAAGGGACACAUGUUAAAGAUGUACACAUGAAACCUCCGAUCACCGACCUUGCCAUUAUAUUCCCAGCGCUAGGCGAACAGUGUCCAGAUGGAUAUACUUUGUUAGAACAUACCGUUUCAGGAUUACCUGCUGAUUUAAACCAUGGAAGCUUAAGAACAAAUGAGUGUUAUUUAUGUUAUCGAAGAGGGAGGGAUAAACCUCCUUUAGUUGAUAUAGGUGUUAUAUAUGAUGGUAAAGAACGUAUAAUGCAAGAUGCAGAAAUGGUGUUAGAAACUCCUACAGGACAUUCAGCGAAUGUGAAUAAUUCAACGUCAAGAAUUUAUGUCACAUACAGACGCGCCAGUCAUAAAAUGCCAUGCAAUUCUUUAGUUGUGACUGACAUAUGCGUAAUUCUCAUGAAUAAAGGAGAAACACCUCCACAUGCUUUCUGUGUUAUCAAUAAAAAUCUAAACAAAGGCAUGUUGGGUAGUGAUGUAUUUUUAUGUUAUAAAAAAUCGAUGAAUCGAGCAAAUUUAAUAUCAUUUAAACCUGCUGUAUUAUACAAAUAUCCAAUGUCCGACUAUAAUAGUUUUGUUUUUCCAAAUUCUGUUGCAAUGUUCUGUUUACCAAUGGGAGCAACGGUAGAAUGUUGGCCAAAAAUGGCUUGUAAACCAAAGCCAGUAUUUUCGACAUUUGUUUUAACUGUUGCUGAUGCAGCUCAAAAAAUAUAUGGCUCAGCAAUUACGUUUUACGAAGAGCUUGAAUUAGAAAUGGAUAUUUUAAAUUUAAAAGAAAAUCAACAAUCAGUCGACAUUCUCACAGAGAACAUACAGAAUUCUGUUGACCAUACAAAAAUUGAUAAAGAACAUUCACAAAUAAGAGCACUUAAACAGACUGGAAUACUUAAGAAGCUUACUCAACUGCAGUUGGAAAAGUUGCAGUUCAUGGACCCUGCUUCUCAGUCGUUGAAUAUCAGUAAAUCGAUAUGUAUUUUAUCUCACUGGCCAUUCUUUGACACAUUUCAGAAAUUUUUAGUUUUUCUACAUAGCAUGGUUAAUAACAAACCUCAAAACGUUCCUAUCGAGAAAUAUAUAGCAUAUUUUUUGUACGAUAUACCGUUCCCAAGUCCGCAGAGACCAAGAAUUCUUGUACAAUUAAGUAGUAGUGACAGAUUAAUUUUAACUCAACCAGAAGAUUUAGCGCUGCCUAGAUCUGGUGCCAGUUUCCGGCAAUUACUCAUUAAUUUAGGGCCUGACAAUUGUUUACUUAUAUUGCUGUUAAUAUUAACCGAACAGAAAAUACUUGUACAUUCAUUGCGCCCUGACGUACUUACAUCAGUCAGCGAAGCUAUCGCAAUGAUAUUGUUUCCAUUUAAGUGGCAGUGUCCAUACAUACCAUUGUGUCCGUUAGGUUUAGCCGAGGUUUUGCAUGCUCCUUUACCGUUCUUAAUUGGCGUGGACUCUAGAUUUUUUGACCUAUACGAUCCACCCUCUGAUGUUAAUUGUGUUAAUCUGGACACAAAUAAUAUAGCGAUUUGCGACGAUAAGAAGUAUUUAAAUGUAAAAUUAUUACCUAAAAAGGCAGCCAGACAACUUCGUAAUUGGUUGGAACAUCUCUAUUCAAAACUGAUUUCUUUGGGGAAGAGUUAUUCAUCUAUGAAAGACACAGACGAUGAAGAAUUCAGUGUUGAUAAAGAAUUUCAACAAAAACGAAAGGAUCAAGCUUUGGAACUUGAAAUACAAGAUGCUUUUUUAAGAUUCACUGCAACUAUAUUAAAAGGAUACCGUGCUUUCUUAUUACCCAUUACAAAAGCUCCAACAGUUGGUUCGACAGAUCCGACUAGUUUGUUUAAUAUACAAGCGUUUCUCAGAAGUCGGGACAAAGCUCAUGCGAAAUUUUACAGUAUGUUAGUGAAGACACAAAUGUUUAUAAGAUUUAUAGAAGAAAGGAGUUUCGUAUCUGACAUGGACAUGGCGGGAUUAGCAUUUUUCGACGAAUGUACUGAACGCAUCGAGGAUGAGAAUGUACCACUUUUGGAAUUGGAUGAAUCUCAGCACAGUGAACGAACAGUAUUUAUACCUCCACCUGAAGCUGGGCCGAAUCAGACACCUAUCGUUUAUCGUACAUUUAAAUUGAAUCCUGAUUUAAUUAGGCCACAGAAACAUUUUAAUAUAAGAAAUGCUAAUUUAAGUGCCUUCGGUAUAAUACCAGGAAGUCCUAUGGCACGCAGAACUAAACACGAAAUUAAAGUGGCCCAAAGGAUGGCGCGUAAACAGGCAGCAAUGCCAGAUCGAUGGGGCAGAUGCCUACUUGGAACUUGUUACAGUCUUUGGUUUCUACAUUUACCUGCUAUGCUGCAAGUGUCUAACCAGCCAGCUACAAUCUUACAUCAGGCGUAUGAUUUACUAGUUAAAAUGCCGAAAUUACAUCUUGAUCCCAUUGAAGAGGUUUGUUAUAGAGCUAUGAUGCAACUUUGUGGUGUUUAUGGACAACCUGUUUUAGCUGUAAAAUUAUUAUUUCAUAUGAAACGUAGUGGCGUUCAACCGAAUGCUCUCACGUAUGGAUUCUAUAAUAAGGCUGUACUUGAAGCAACUUGGCCUUCUGAUAUGACUAAUUCGAGCCAAUUAAUGUGGAAUAAGCUGAGAAACGCCAUAGUUGGAGCUGCAUUGUUUAAGAGAGCUGGCAAACGAAGUGCUAGACGAAGAUUGAGUUCAAAUACGGAUUUAUUGACUGUCGACGGUAAAAUUGCGAAUAUGGAACAUGCAUUUUCUAGAUCUAGCCUCGAUAGCUCUCACUCUCAAGACACAGAAGCUGCGCACAGCGAUUCUACGAAAGGGAGUUCCACAUCAGAUUUACCAGAGUAUGGACCAUUCGAGAUUAAAAAACUUCCUCGUCAGAACAGCAUAGUGAAAGACACUAUAGCGUUAAAUGCUAUACAAUCGGAGGAGCUUAAUGAUUUACCAAUAACUCAAAGAUUGAUUUCGAACUUGGAGUCGCCGUUAAAGAGUCCCAUACGCACGCCAGUUACGGAGAACGAUCCGCUGGGUGCCCUGAUGAACGAUGAAACACCGAUUGUUUCACCUUCGGAAGAAAACGAUUCGAAUUGCUCAACGUGUACUUUAACUGUUUUUAAUAAUGUCGAAGAAAGACCGGGAGGGCCGCUAUUAUUUCGAAGCACUGUCUUGCCGCGUAGUGCAACAUUUCAUCAAACCGUAGAUGAAACCGGUGUAGCAAUAGGCGGUCAAUUACAAAGAAGCGAAACAAUGCCGCAUUCGGUAGCGCAGCAAGGUGAACAAGAUAAAGAUAGAGAGAGACUGGAAUUGAGUAGUCUUUGGUCCCAGAAAGAUAGUGUUACUUCAAGUUUGUCAAGUCUAGGUUCUAGUUUGAAACUCAGUUUCGGCACCACGAGUUUGACAGGAAAGAAAUCUAACGAAUUGAUAAUCGGCGGCUUAAACAGCUUAAAAUCGGCCGCUACAACGGUGGUAAAAAAGUUCGACGUAAUUAAAGAAGCCAUUUCUGCGAAUAGUACACCUGUGAAAAUUAAAGAGCGCGACCAUAAAAUGAUGCAUGGAGCAUCGCACGAAUCAUUAGAUUCACAGGCAGAUGGAUCUGUACAAGAUCGAAGUGAAGCCCUUAGAAUGUCUGUAGGCGAUGGAAAUAUAGAUCCUUACACUUUGUACGAUUUGGCGGAAUGUUUAUAUCCGAAGGGAUCAAGAGAACUUGACGAACGAAUCGCUGUUGAGCUCGUACUUUCUAGCGCUAGCCGAUGUCAUCAUUGUGCCUCCAUACUCUAUGAUGAAGAAAUAAUGGCUGGUUGGCAACCAGAGGAUUCGAAUUUAAAUACAGUCUGUCAGUAUUGUGACAAAGCGACGGUACCUCUGCUGACCAUAAUGAUAUUAGAUUAUAGAUGCGAGGAAAAUGAAAGGAAGAAUGAUCCUCUAAUGGGAGCACUAGUUGAACUUUUGGACAAACCGAAAGAGUUAUUAGAACCCACCACAGUGCCAUAUUUGAACCCUCUAGUUCUAAGGAAAGAAUUAGAAAGUGUCUUAAGUCAAGAAGGUGAUACAUGUCUUACAAAACAUAAAUUUAUCGAAGAACAUCCAAUAGUGUAUUGGAAUCUUAUAUGGUACUUUGAACGAAUUAAUUUAACGAGUCACCUGCCAGAUUUAUGGUUAAAUAAUGAUAAGAAGCACGAACAAAUAAGCUAUGGUGUAGUAGGUGUGAAAACCAUGUGGGAUAACGAGAGACUUCAUAUGGAUCGUUUGCCUAUGUACCUCCAAUGGAAAUUCAAUGUUGCAGAGGAUAAAACGUUAAUGCAGUCAGUGAUUACGAACGUUCGACGAAAUGAUCUAGCGGAACCUAUUAAAAGAGUGGCCUUAGAAAGAAGCAGAAACCAAGCACCUGACCAACCUCUAUUUUCUAUAUAUCGUGAUAUCUUGUUUUUGGCAUUUACUGUCUUGGGUAGAGGGAAUAUUGAUCAAGGUGUUUUCGAUAAAGAAUAUACUUUAUCAUUAGAGAAAUUAUCAGAAGGUGAAGAGAAGCUGUUGUGUAAAACUGAUGCUCCACCCUCUAUGAUGUCAGUGUUUUGCAGACAUUAUUUUAAGCAACUAAGCGUGUAAAAAUAAAGUAAAAGGUAUCGAAAUGGUGUAAUAUAUUGUGAAAAUGAAUAGAACAUUCAGGAGAAACAUUACAGGUUUAUCUGUUCAAGUCUGAUUUCAAAAUUCGUAGUGAAUCGAUUUCUUUUAGAUAAACGUGUGCGACUAUUAGGUUUGGAUACCACGACAACUGCGAUGACUUUUCCAUGAAAUUUUCGUAAAGGCACUCGAUAUCAUGAAUUCGCUUAUAAAAUGCAAUACACUUCUUUUCAUAUUCAAAGUAUGCAAUUACUAUAAAUAAUUUUUUAUUUAGAUACUAGGCUGCGCAUACAAUUUCUAAUGGCAAUGUGAAUAUCUUUAGUUGUAUCUAUCGACGUGAUAUUAAUGACUU